CUAAAAACUCGCGCGAACACGAACGGACGGGGAUAGUGUCGAAUUUGUUUCUGAAAUCAGAAAAUUCCGAUAAAUCAGUGAUAAAAAUUGAUAAAUUUGAAAAGAUAACGAAAUUGAAAAAUAUAUGCGUACAUCAAUUAGAUUUUUAAUUCCAAGAGGUUGAUCUGCGCGUUUUCUUCUGUGCGUGCGAGUGAGACGGGAACACAGAGAAUGCAAGUGCCUGAUGAAGAUGAUAGAAAAAUAACGGUGCAUCAAGUAUUGAAAUAAGAUUCCAGUGCAAGCAUUUUCUAAAACCGUUUUGAAAAAUAUUCGAAAAUGUUGUCUCAAAAUCAAUUGAAAUUCGUCAAGUGAAGUGCAAAAACAGAAACGAAACGAAACCGGUUCGCCUCCGCAAAGAGCAAACCCAAUAGCAAAACCAAAAUCAAAGGCAGCGCAAGAAUUUUUGUUGUUUGGCCAAAGUAGCGCUGCCGGCGUCGUCGCCGUCGCUGCCGUUUGGUGCGUCCGUGUGUUUGUGCGUGCGCGUGUGUGUGUGCGAGCAUCUUGGAGAAAAGAGGCAAAGUCAACGGGCAAAGGAAAAGGUACGCAGUGAUAGAGAGAAAGAGAGGCAAAAAACGUGGUAGGAAUUUCUUGUUUUUAGACAGGCAAAAGGCAAAAGCCAAAAACAAAAGCAGAAACCUGUUCCCUGCAAGAAAACAACGACGACGGGGCUCUGCUGCCACAAAAAGUGGCACAAGUGAAAAUUCCUGCCUUCUUGUUGUUGUCUUUUAUUAUGAUUUUUUUCGGUUUUUUUGACAAUUGCCAAAAGUGAAAAUCAAUUGGCCAAGGCGCGCGCGCACAGAGAGCAAAGGAAAGAGCGAGUGAGUCCUGUUUUUUACCCAACCCAAAAAUCGGAGAACGAAAACCUGACGAAAUAAAAUACCGCUAACAACAAAAACAAAUGUAAAUCCUUAGGAGAUUGCAACAAAAGUAAACAAAUUUCAACCGGAUUGCGGGGAAAUUCUGGAAAAGCAAAAAAAAUAAAAGAGAGAGCGGCAAGUGGUGGAGAGACGGAGAGAGAGGUAAUUAAAUGGCAAUUUCUCAUCAAUUUCAUGGCAUAUUUCACGAAAGAUCCAUGAUGCGUCCCAGUCAACGGAAGAGUACUAAAACCUUCAACGAAAUGUCCAAACGAAACGCGUUCCACCAGAAAAAGGCACCAACCUACCGACCAAUCAAAUAAGCAUUCAACUUAAGCGAAGUGCACGAGAGAAUACCAUUAGGGAAUCAUCGAAUCGAUAAAUAGUAAGCCGCAAAAGGAAGGAAGGAUAGAAAGGAAGGAGAGUGUUUGCACACAGGAGAAGAAGCCCCUGCCUGCACACAGGGGAACAUUGGUAGAGAUAGAGAGAGGGAGUUGGAGAGAAAAGCCGUCAAAAUUACGACGUAUCACCCACCAACACCGAAAGUCAAACAGAACCCGGCCAACAUGGACGCCACGUCCGGGCCGGGUGCGUUUGACGAUGAACCGCCGCCAGAGCCACGAGACGGAUGGCUGCUGGUGCGCAUCCAUGUGCCGGAGCUGAACGUCUACAAGUGUCUGCAGUUCCCAUCGGAGCGUCUCGUCUGGGAUGUCAAGCAGCAGGUGCUCGCCUCGUUGCCAAAGGUGGCCUUCUGGUUUAAGGAACUGAAGGAGAGCUUCAACUACGGCCUCUUUGCACCGCCCUCGAACGGGAAGGCGGGAAAGUUUCUGGAUGAAGAGCGUCGGCUGGGCGACUAUCCAUUCAACGGGCCCGUCGGCUACUUGGAGCUCAAGUACAAGCGACGCGUAUACAAAAUGCUGACCCUGGACGAGCGCCAGCUGAAGGCGCUGCACACGCGUGCCAAUCUGCGUCGCUUCCUCGAGUGCAUCAACGGCGGGCAUGUGGAGAAGAUUGCCAAGAUGUGUGCCAAGGGACUGGACCCGAACUUCCACUGCUCGGAGAGCGGCGAGACACCGUUGAGCGUGGCGACCGGUGCCAAGAAACCCAACAAAGUGCUCAUUGCUCUGGUCAAUGGCGGAGCUCUGUUGGAUUACCGGACCAAGGACGGCACCACGGCACUGCACCGGGCUGUAGAGCACGACUCCCUGGAGGCGGUCAGUACCCUUCUCGAGCUUGGUGCGUCGCCCAACUAUCGCGAUGGGCGUGGCAUCACUCCCCUUUACAUCUCGAUCACCAGAAAGUGCGAAUCGAAGAUCACGGAGAGCCUGCUCCAUGACCAUGCGACGCUGGGCAUCCAGGAUAGCCAGGGCUGGAACGAGGUCCAUCAGGCCUGCCGGCACGGGCUGGUUCAGCACUUGGAACACCUCCUGUUCUACGGUGCUGACAUGGAUGGCCGCAAUGCGUCCGGCAAUAGCCCGCUGCAUGUGUGCGCCGUCAACAACCAAGAGGCUUGUGCCCGAAUGCUUCUCUUUCGGGGCGCCCAGCGCGGUGCCCAGAACUUUGCCAACCAAACUCCCUAUCAGGUGGCUGUCAUAGCUGGCAACUUGGAGCUGGCCGAAGUCAUUGAGAACUACAAAUCGGAGGAUAUUGUACCCUUCCGCGGACCGCCGCGCUACAAUCCAAAGCGGCGCUCGGGCAUCGGUUGGCUGAGCGCCAAUGGGGCCGCCGGUGCAGCUCUGCUGGCUGCGGCUGGCGGUGGUCUUGGUGGUGCAAUGAUCAAUGGCAAUGGCAUCGGAAGUGGCAGUGGCAGUGGCACCGUCAACGGCAGUGUUGGCGGUGGGGGUCUGAUGAUGAUGAUGAUGCAUCAGAACCACCAGCAGCAACAGCAUCAACACCAACAGAACCAUCCCAGCAAUCCACAUCAUCUGCACCACCAGCACCAACACCAGCACCAGCUUCAGCUGCAUCAGUUGCAGCUGCACGGUCCGCCCUCGCCAUGCCCCUCGGAGCAUAUGCUGGGCGCCUACAGCUCGGCCAGCUCCAGCCUCUCCGAGGGCUCCUCGGGACACCGUUCACACGAGGACGACAUCAGCAUUGUGACAGACAAAUCGCUGGGCGAUACGAGCGACAUCAUCAGCGACUCGUCGGGUGUGGGCACCAACUCGGACUCGGCCGCCUGCUCGAUUGGACACCCCAGCACCACUGUGGUGUGCAUGGAGCCGUAUGUCGGCAACACAGUGGGCCACAUCCGACUGCAGCCCGGCGACGUCAUCGAGGUGGUGGGCAGCACCGACUGCGGCCUCCUCGAGGGCUAUGUCAGGGGCACCAAUCAGUCGGGCUUCUUCCCCGCCGACUGCGUCCAGGAGGUCAAUCUGCGGCAGAAGCACAUCACCAAUGUGAUGACCGCCAGCACGGGCAUGCCCGCUCCCCAGCAGGCUCCGCUUCAGCCCCAACAGCAGCAGCAGCCAUCCUCCUCCGCCUCGUACCAGGGAUCGCCACAGCUCAGCCUUGGCGGCCACUCGGGCAGCUCGAGCACCCUGCUGCAGCAGCCCCACCACUCGCCCUCGCUCUCGAUGACCAGCAACGGCUCCUGCCAGCAGCCCCAGUCACAGUCCCAGCAGCAGCAGCAGCAAGCAGAGAGCAACGGCGGAGCUGGAGCCCCUAGCAACAACAACAACUCCAUUGGACAGUACAGCAGCGCCACGGCGCCGCGUAUCAAGAAGAGCGCCUACAAUGCCCCACGAUCGGUGGUGCUGCACCGUGCCAAGCGCGGCUUCGGCUUCAUUUUGCGUGGGGCCAAGGCCAGCUCCCAGCUGAUGCAGCUGCGACCCUCGGAGCGUUUUCCGGCUCUGCAGUACUUGGACGACGUGGAUCCGGGCGGUGUGGCGGACAUGGCCGGACUGCGGCCGGGCGACUUCCUGCUGACCAUCAACGGGGAGGACGUGAGCGCCGCCUCGCACGAGCAGGUGGUGGAGAUGAUCCGCUCGGCGGGUGCCCUGGUCAAUAUGACGGUGAUAUCGCCGCAGUUCCCCCACCAGAUGCAGGCCACUGUCCAGUAUCUGCCCAGCGGGGCCAGGGCAGGCAGCCAGCACUUGUCGAGUGGUCCGAGCACACCGCAGACUUCGCACCGCCAGUGCGCCACGCUGCCACGCAAGAUGUCAAUGGGACCGGGCAGCCAUGGCGGCUCCUCGGCCGGGGGCAGUGUGCGGAUGGCACCCAUGCCGCCGCGAAGGGACCCCAAGACGACGCUGAGCGUGGGUCGUGCCAGGGCCAAGUCCAUGGUGGCUGGCCUCGAAAACGGCGGCGAGAAGGAGGACGAUGUGCCGCACACCAAGUCCAAUUCGGUGGAGUCCAUUGCCACGUCUAUAGCGGCGUCGGCGUCCACAAGCAACGGCAACGGGAACGGCAAUGGAAAUGGCAACAACAAUCAGACGGGACCCGGCACCCCCGUCCAGCUGCGCACGGCCAGCAUCAAGGCUCGUCCCACGUCCAGUCGGAUUACGGCCGCCGAGCUGGAGGAGCUGUUCCAGCGGCAGCAGGGCGAUGGCAGCGCCGCCAAUGCCAGCCGCUAUGCGACCAUGAUGACCAGCUCCCGGUUCCAGUCCGGCACAGACAGUGGCGCGGCCACGCCGCCCGCCACGAACGGAUCCCCCAUGCGGAGCGGACCCCUGGUCUACGGCAGUGUGGCGGAAAUGAAGCGCAAGACGGCCAGGAGCAAGCAUGGCGGCAUCAUCGGCACUGGCAACGGUACGUUGCGUGGCAAGCCAGUGGCCACGCCCACAGUGGGUGGAGCUGGUUUAGUGGGCGGCGCUGGGGGACGCGACUUGAAGCGAUUCCACUCGACGCCCGAUCUGCACGGUGCCCAGCUGCACGGCUCAGUGUCGUCCAUCUGGCAGGCGGCCGGCAAGGGUCAUCACUCGCAGGACGAUGUGGCCACGCUGCACGCUUCGCUGCAGCGUCUGAACACCAUGGAGGGCAAGGGCGGAGCCGGACAAGUGCUUCCCCCACCCAAUCAUCCCCCACCGCCACCGCCUGUCGGCCAGGUGGUCAAGGUGGAGACCCGAAGCAGCGUCUCGGAGUACGAGAGCACCGUCUCCCUGCAGCAGAAGCUGAAGAAGCGGGCCGAGAACGAUGCCGUGACCAGUGCGGCCAUCGAUGGCGUCCAGAGCAGCUUCAAUCCCUCGGCCAACGCCAAGAUCUAUGCCUCGCCCCAGGAGCUGCGCAACGUGAUGGCCUGGAAGCUGCGCCAAGCGCAAGAGAAGCCGCCCCAGGAGACCUCCGCGAGCUCACAGCAGCAGCAACAGCAGCCACAGCAGCCACAGGCACAGCACCAGGUCAGUUCCCAGUAUGCAGCUCCCACACAGAUGCGUCCUCAGCAACAACAACAACAACAACAGCAGCCACAGCAGCCCACUGGAGUGCCCGCCUCCCACUAUGCGGCGCCUCAGGUGCAAGUGCAGCAGCAGCAACAGCAACAACAGCCUUCACCCCAGUCCCCGCCUGCACCACCGCCACCACAGUCACAAUUUCAGCCAGCGCCUGUUGCAGUUCAGCAAGCAGCACAGAAUGGAAAUGGAAGUGCCAGUGGAGGUGGAGGUGGAGCACCACCCAUACCAGAGCCGGACUAUAGCUGCAGCGAGUCGGAUGGGGAGGACGAGAACUCAAUUUUGGUGGCGCGCAACACGAAACUCAACGAGAAGAUAGCCCUGUUCGAUGUGCCAGAGACCAGCGGCAACAGUCAGGCCAGUGGCAGCAGCUCAAACUCUGGCAGUGCGUCCAUCUCGCAUUCGUUGUCGGUGGAGGAGAUACAACGCAUACGCAGCAAUCUCAAGACCUCCAAGUCAUCGCCCAACGGCUUCGCAAAGAAGUCAGAGGAGGAGCAACAACAGCAGCAGGUGCAACAGCAGCCACAACCACACCCAGUAGCAGGUCCAGGCGAAGACGAGUGUGACACUAGCAGCUCGGUGGUAGGAAACGAUCAAGAAGGUUUGAUGGCCAUAGCAGGAGCAGCAGCAGGAGCAGCAUCUGUAGCUGCGAAGCCCACAGACACCAUCAAGAAGAAGCCGACAGUGACCAUUGUGGAGGAGCCGAAGACUAUACCCGAUCAGCCCAUGACCAGCAGCAAGCCCAUGGCCAAGACCACAAUCAGCAUAGGAGGAGCAAGUGCAGGAGCAGCCACCACAACGCUGACUGUCAAGCAGUUGGUGCAACAGCAGCACGCUCCCGCUAUACAACAGCAGCAACAACAGCAACAGCAGCAGCAGCUCGGCAGCAAGCCGACAGCAACAGUGGCCACAAUGGCCAGCAACAUCAACAUGAAAGCUCUUGGCGGCAACAAUGCCACAUCAGUGAUGAGUCCGCAGGUUCUGGGACGCAUACCCAACGUGCAUCACCAUCAGCAGCAGCAGCAGCAGCAACUGCAACAGCAGGCUAAUCCCAACCAGAAAUUGAUUGCCACGCAGCAGCAGAUUCUGCAGCAACAGCAGCAGCAGCUGGCCCACCAGCAACAUCUUCAGCAGAUCCUCAAGGCGAAGGCAGCCGCCGCCGGGGGAGCUAGCAACACGGCCGCCUUGGUGGCCAAGCAUCAGCAGCAGUUGCACAAGGGAAACAGCGGCCACGAAUCGGAGAUGGAGCAGCGUUCCGACCUAGAGGACGACGACGGAGAAUUGAGUCCCUCGCCGCCUGCUAAGGCAUUCCAGCGGCACAACUCGCUCACCCGCAAGCAGGCAGCGGCCAUUGCCAUGCAGCGGGGCGUGACUCGCACCUCGGCCGUCUCGCUGAUGCAGUUACCGCCGCCCUUAGAGGCCGACAGCGAUGGUGAGCCUUCACAGCACACACUGCAACGUCAGCAUCCACAUCCUCAUCCGCACCAGCUCCAGCUGCAGCAGCAGCAGCAACAGCAGCAGAUCCAACAACAGCAGCAGAUGGCCACGCAUAUUGUGGGCGUAUUGCCCAGCGGACAGUUGGUAGCUGUUGCCUCUGGUGCUGUUGCUGGUGUGCCGGGCGGAGCGGCUGUGGCGCAGCCUGGCAACAACAAUAUGCAGCUAUGCACCGAGAACUUGGUCCUGGCGCCACCGCCGCAGUUCUGCGAUUGUAACGAUGCCAAGCACGCGCCGCAGUCGCAGCCCCAUCUGCCUGGCAGCCAAUACCAUCCUCAGCAGCAUCAAAAUCAGCAGCAGCAGCAACUCCAGCAGCAUCAACUCCAGCAACAGCAACAGCAACAGCAGCAAUUGCAGCAGCAACAACUGCAGCAGCUUCAACAGCAACAGCAGCAACAACAACAACAGCAGCAGCAACAACAGAUGCUGCACCACCACCAGCGUCUGUCUGGUGGUGCUGGAGCUGGAGCGGUGGGCACCUUGGGACGUGUGCGCAUCGUUGGCUCCAUGCCCAAGGCCAAUCACCAUAGACUGCACUAGGCUGGGCUGUGAGAGCUGCAGGAGCUGCGGGAAUCAAAUCAAACAUUUGCCAAAUCGUUAAUUCGUUAAUUAGAGUUAGUCAACAGUCAUUGCCAUUCACAACGAAUAGCAGCGGCUGCCUGCAACCGAUGAAAGACGCCACAAGUAGAGCAUUAAGCAAACACACAUAAGGGGCACAGCAGGAAUAGCAAUGAAUCCGUUUCGGAUACAAAACCAAUCGUUGCUACUUCUGUAUAUUUCAAGCAAAUACACAACAUUCAAGUUCAAAGCGCUAAACCCACAAGAAAGUAAUUAUAAAUUCAGAAAUUGUAGAACUAGAGGCAGAGAUUAUGUUCAUGUGUCUCCAAUUUGCCCAAGGAAACGCAGGAAACUAAACGAAACACAAUCUUAAAUUACAUUUAUUAUAUUUAUUGCGUGUGAUAUACAUUUAUGUAGGCUGACCGAGACCAGCAACUAAACAACAAUAUUUCUAAUCUAAUGACAGAGCAAGUGCAGGAUGCAAUGUACGUAUGCAAUAUUUUAUUAUGUUAGUCACAAAAACCAAUCGCACUCCUUUUCCAACCAUUGAAAACAAACUGAAUCGAACUGAAUGUAUUUCGUUUCUUUGGUUUGCUUUCGAUCUGCACAAUUUCAAUGAAAUGUCCCCAUAGAAAUAACUAUAAACACACAUGCAUACAUACUGACAUACAAAUAUGCAUAAAAUAACCGAUUUAGUUCGUAAUGUAGGGGGCCGCCAGGGCAAGUUCAUUUCUUCAGUAUCCAUCCAUUGAUCAUUCGUGUUCGUGUUCGUGUUCGACUAGUGCACAAAACAUUUAAGCGACAUUAACAUUAUUAAUCCAAUACACAACUAGCGUAGGUUUUAUAUACUUACAUAUGCCUAAAGGAAAGUAAAGGAGAAUACAAUACGAUAGAAGUUGCACCGAGUAACAAUAAUAUUUGAAUUUGAGCAUUUAGCCGAAUAUCCAGUCAAGUCAAGUCAACUAAACUAAAUACUAAACAUAUACUAAAACUUAUAAUGUUUUUAAACAUGAAUAUGCGAGUAUAUAACACGAUAUUCCAUACGCGGCAAAUUUCAUAACCCAAAACGAAAACAAAAACUAAAAGCAUAUUGGAAAUCGAAAAC